GUGUGUUGUGGUUGUAGGAGAGCCAAACACAGUCGACAUGAAGCUGUGCUGUGGCCUCCUGGCCUGGGCCCCGGACCUUUGCCUAGCUCUGCUCCUGGCAGCUCAGAUGUUAAGGGCUGCCAGUUUGGAGACUCUGCAGUGUGAAGGACCUGCCAGUACUGGGAAGAGAAGUUGCCAGACUGAUGAUGAUGAUGAUGAUGUGACCCACCCUGGAGAAGAUGGCUUCCAGGUCAAGGGCUACACGUUCAGUGAACCCUUCCAUCUGAUCGUGUCCUAUGACUGGCUGAUCCUCCAAAGUCCAGCUGUACCCAUAUUUGAAGGAGACACGCUGGUUCUGCGCUGCCGGGCCUGGCAAGACUGGCCACUGACUCAGGUCACUUUCUACCGAGACGCCUCAGCCCUGGGGCCCCCUGGACAGAACCAGGAAUUCUCUAUUGCUGUGGCUCAAAAGUCAGACAGCGGGCACUACCACUGCACAGGCAUCUUCAAGAGCCCUGGUCCUGGGAGCCCAGAGACGGCAUCACCUGUAGCCAUCACAAUCCAAGAACUAUUUGCAGCCCCAGUUCUCAAAGCCUCAUCGUCUGAGCCUCAGGAAGGAAGCCCGAUGACUCUGAAGUGUCAGACGAAGCUGUCCCUGCAGAGGUCAGCUACCCGCCUUUUCUUCUCCUUCUACAAGGAUGGACGCACGGUGCGUAGCAGAGGUGGCUCCUCAGCACUAGAGGUUCCUGUUGCUUCCAUAGAGCACUCUGGCUUGUACUGGUGUGAAGUAACCACUGAGGACAGCCAAAUUCGGAAACAGAGCCCACAACUAGAGGUCAGGGUGAAUGGUCCCUCUAGUCCUGCUGCAUCCUCCACCUUGAAUCCAGCUCCUCAGAAAUCAGCUGCUCCAGAAGUUUCUCCAUUGCCCACCCCUUCUCCUGAGCACCCAAGCGAUUCUUCCCCAGAUCCUCACCUACAUCACCAGAUGCGCUUACUUCUCAAACUCAUGCAGGAUGUAAGAGUUCUCCUUGGUCACCUGGUCAUAGAGCUGAGGGGCUCGCAUGGUCAUCUGCAUCCUAGAACCACAGAGGCUGUUGACAAAUGA